AAGUGAUCCUCCUGUGACGGGUCACGGUGCAAGGGCCAAUCAGAGGACCUGGCUGGAAGAGGCAAGUGACUGAUCAGGAGUCCCUGUGGCCCGAUGCGGAUUAGGCGUAUCGCCAACUGGGACUUAUCCGGUUUGGGACAGUCGAUACCUGAGGCUGGCGGUGAUAGCGAUACGCCAGACUUGAUUGUGACUGUGCCGGCAGGCGGUAAGACAACCAACGGCGCAGCUUUGUUUGGAUGGUUUGUGGUUGGGGAGGUGCCAGCCAACUGCAAUGUAACCUCAUUUGGAUUAGUGGGAUGGCGUUAUUCACAGUUUUCCCCUCAAUGAAUGUUGAUUAGUUUGAUUUCUUGGUUAGUGUUGGAAAGAGGGGGAAUAAUAUGUAAAUGAGAGGGGGAAGAGGGGUGGGUAAGCGUGAAAUAGUAUUACUGUGGAAGAGGAUAGAGAGAAAGAAGAA